CCGGCGCGCGCCCUCCCCGCGGACCCGCUUCCGCAGACGCCGCGCGACGGAAGCCGGAAGGACGUGGAGCGAGCGGGCCGCGCCGACAGGAUGGUGACGGACGUGCAACUGGCCAUCUUCGCCAACAUGCUGGGCGUCUCGCUCUUCCUGCUCGUGGUGCUCUACCACUACGUGGCCGUCAACAACCCCAAGAAGCAGGACUGACCGCCGCCGCCGCCGCCGCCGCCGCAGGGCCGCCCGCGGCGCCGAUGGCCCGCCCGCCCCGAGGAAGCCCGCGCACGAAGCCGGGGGCCGAAGCCGCGCGACUCGACGACCUCCGGCAGGCAGCGGGGAGCCGGGCGCUUCGUCGCAAAACCAAAUUUAUUAAUUAGAAAUCUGUUACAAGGAA